UGUGUUGUUAUUUUCUGUUUUAAAUUUUUUUAGUACGUGUUUAUAUAUCAAUUUACUCAAAAUUUUGACUUUGUUAACUAAAAUUGUGUCAUAAAACUUUACAGGAGAUAAUAGUGUUUUGAAAAACGUAGCAGUACUUUGUUCUAUAUUUUAAUGUUUGGUUUGCAUAAGUGAUUUAAAGAAGAAAUAAUAGUGAAUCACGGUUAUACAAAAUACGAGAACUUAUUAACGUUAAUAGGUAAACAUGUGCUAACAUUGUGAGGUAAUCGUGUAGUCGUGUGUAAACAAGAGACUUAUGGGGUGCAUUGUGAAAUAGAACUUGCAAACGACAUGUGGCGGACGGUUGUGAUUUUAUUGGUGGCCAGUGCGGCGGCAGAAUUAACAGGACCAAAUGUAUGCACACGGCAGGAACCAUACACAACAUCGAUCCGAGUGUCGGAACAACAGCCGUACCAAGUGAAAGAGUACGCAUGGUGCUUCAGUGUUCCGCCGCGAUGCUCCAAAUACAAGAUAAAGUUCCGCCAGGUGUUCAAGACGCAGACAUUGGUAAAACACAGGCCGGUGGAGGAAUGCUGCGCGGGCUACGCGCCGGACGAGGAUGGCCGGCAGUGCGUGCCAGUGUGCGCCGCCGCUUGCGUGCACGGCAAAUGCGUCGCGCCCAAUACUUGCGCCUGUGACCACGGCUACGGCGGCCCCGCAUGUGAUAUAUCAUGUCCGGACGGUAAAUGGGGUCGGAACUGUCAGAACGAUUGCCGCUGCUUCAACGGCGGUACUUGUGAGCCGUUAACAGGGGAGUGCUCUUGCGCGCCAGGCUGGCGAGGCGACGCCUGCGAGCGACCCUGUCAGCUCGACAGCUUCGGCGACGGCUGCCAGCAGAAGUGUCAGUGCCAGAACGGCGCCGCCUGCGACCCCGCUAGCGGAGCCUGUGACUGUGCGCCCGGAUACACGGGACCAUUAUGCGAACAAAAAUGUCCCGGCGAUGAGCCUUGUAAGCAACAAUGCAGAUGUCAAAACGACGGAAAAUGUAACUUCAUCACCGGCGAGUGUGAAUGUACUGCCGGAUGGACUGGAGAAGUGUGUGCCAAUAGAUGUCCCGCAGGCCGGUGGGGUGACAAGUGUCAGAGGACGUGUGAGUGUGCCAACGGCGCGGGUUGCCACCACGUCACCGGGCAGUGUCAGUGCGAGGCCGGCUUCACUGGGGAGAAGUGUACGGAUCCAUGUCCGCUGGGUCGGUACGGCGUGGGGUGUGUGGGCGAGUGCGCGUGCGAGCACGGCGGCGAGUGCUCGGCGCGCAACGGGUCGUGCGCGUGCAGGCCCGGCUGGCGCGGGGACCGCUGCGAGCGCCGCGCCUGUCCCGACGGCAAGUGGGGGCCCGUCUGUGAUAGAGACUGCGAGUGCAACCCAUCCACUACUGACAUGUGCGACCCGUGGACGGGGUCGUGCGAGUGCGCGGCGGGGUGGGGCGGAGAGACGUGCGCACGUCAAUGUCCGCUGCUCACAUACGGCAAGGGAUGCCGCGCUGUCUGCCGCUGCGAGAACAGCGGACACUGCUCGCCUGUCAAUGGUUCAUGUCUGUGCGCGCCGGGGUAUCGCGGGCUGCGGUGUGAGGAGCCGUGUCCGUUCCCGCAGUACGGAGACAACUGCGCACACACCUGCCAAUGCUUCAACAACGCCACUUGCUCCCACGAGACCGGACAGUGCGACUGCCCGCCGGGAUUCGAUGGAUUGAAAUGCGAUCGGCCAUGUGAUGGUAAAACUUACGGUCUAAGAUGUCGUCAGCCUUGUAACUGUGAAAAUGACGCUCCUUGCAAUCCUGUUAAUGGUGAGUGUGUGUGCGGUGCGGGGUACAGUGGCGCGCGGUGCGAGCGGCGCUGUGCGGCGGGGUACUGGGGCGCGGGCUGCUCUCUGCGCUGUGACUGCUCGCACAACGCGCUCGGAUGUCAUCAUGUCACCGGGGAGUGCAUCUGUGAGAGCAGCUGGAGAGGUGUGCGUUGCGAGAGUCAGUGCCCUGCGGGGCGGUACGGGGAGCAGUGCUCUGAGCGGUGUCCGUGCGCCAACAACUCGUCGUGUGACGCGGGCACGGGGCGGUGUCAGUGCGCGGCGGGCUGGCGCGGGCCUCACUGCGACCAGCCCUGCCCCCCCACACACUACGGCGCAGGCUGUCUGCAGAUGUGUCCUGAAUCACCUGACGGUAACACAACAUGUGAUCCGGUGAGCGGCAAAUACACUUGCCCGAGCGGUUUUACUGGCGUCACUUGCGAGUUCCCCUGCCCACUCGGCACAUACGGCCUCAAUUGUGCUCAGAAGUGCAACUGCAAGAAUGGAGCCGACUGUCAUCAUGUCACCGGCGAGUGUCAGUGCCUGCCGGGCUGGCGCGGUGUGCGGUGCGGAGAGGCGUGCCCGGCGGGGUGGUGGGGGGCGGCGUGUACACAGCCAUGUCGCUGCGCACGCAACGCCCCCUGCAGACCCAACGACGGCUACUGCCGCUGCCCGCCCGGGUACACCGGCGCUUACUGCACACAGUUCUGCCCGGAGGGUUACUUCGGGGAUCACUGCAUGGAGCCCUGCGAUUGUCCUGCUCACGGCAGCUGGGAGUGUGACCCUGUGCGCGGCUGUGUGUGCAGACGUGGCUACAUCGGCGAGCAGUGUGAUGUACACGCCGCUGAUGCUAUACACAUCGACCACGCCUCCGUAGGUUCAUCAAAUGCCGGCUUGACAACGGUGAUGGUGAUAAUGGUGCUGCUCUGUGCUGCGGCGGCGAUCCUCGUGCUGCUGUACUACCGCAAGCGUGUGCGCAACCUAAAGAGAGAGAUAGCACACGUGCAUUAUACUGCCGACCCCAAUCAGCCGCCAGAACAACACUUCGACAAUCCGGUGUACUCCUUCCAAAGUUCAACACGUAGUGACGAAAGCGCGUCUACAUUAUUGAAUAACUCUAACAAGAUAUUCAACAAUUUGAACCCCGGCAGCAAACUCAAUAAUGCCACAUUGGAGAAGUUGAGAAUGACAGCCAGUAGUUCUAGUGAUACUUACGAUCCGCUGUCAUCGCUAAAGAACAAAGACGCGGACGCGACCAAUCCCAACUUGUACCACUGCAUUGAUGAUGACAAGCUGGACCACGUCUAUGAUGAGAUCAAACACAAAGAAGGUUAUGAAAUGGAAUACGACCACUUAAACUACACGCCGCCGGCAAACACUUGGAAACCUCACUACCAGCGGAUGAACAACGACUUGCCGACCACACACACCAAGCCGACACCGAUACACCCCCAACACGAUCACCCCGCCGCGGAGGUAUCCCCCACACCCCCCACACCGCCUAUACCACCACUGCCCAAACUGAACAUCACCCCCAUACCACCACCGCGCUCCAUCGACAAUAUGGAAGUACCAGUUCCUCCCAAAAGGGAAGAAGGAGCAUCCUGUAUCAAUGAGGAGGAAAAUCAAACACCCUGAUGUGUUCUUUACGUGUAACUAAAGCAAUAUUUGUGCUAAUUAGUGUAACGUCAAAAU